AUGGAUCAGUUUCGUGGUUUAUUUGUCAAACUGGACCAAAACAAAGAUGGAUUCAUUUCUGUGGCAGAGCUCCACGACGAAAUGAGGAAGCAUGGGAUCCUAUCAGCAGAUAGCAAGGUCCAGAAUAUCAUUGAUGCUUAUGAUAAAGACAAAGAUGGCCUGUUGGAUUAUUCAGAGUUCCUCAGCUACAUGAUGGACAGAGAGAGGACCUGGAAAAUUUACUUUCAUGACCUUGACAAGAACAAGUGUGGGGUGAUUGACCAGGAGGACAUCAUAUGUUUGUUUAAGGAGUUAGGAGUGGUCAUUUCAAAGCCGAAUGCAAAAAAAAUAAUACAAAUGAUGGAUAAGGACAGUUCGAUGACAGUGGACUGGGGUGAAUUCCUGCACCAUGUCAUCCUCAACCCUGUGGACAACAUUGGGGAGCUGGUGACCUCAUGGAAACACCAGCUGGUAUUUGAUGUGGGGGAGAGCCGUGCGAUGCCCCUCGAAUUCCCAGAGGAGGCGUCUGGUUUUGGUGCAUGGAAGACGUUUGUUCUGGCAGCGGGCCUGGCAGAUGCCGUAUCCCGCACUGUGACGGCGCCCAUCGACCGCCUUAAGACCCAGCUUCAGGUCCAAGGAUCCAAGGCCUUCUCCCAAGGCUUCCAGGAGAUGAGAGCAGGUGGUCUGCGGUCGAUGUGGCAAGGUAACGCUGUCAAUGUGCUGAAAGGAACACCACAGUCGACGCUACAGUGUCUUAUCUACGCCCAGAUGAAGGUGUACACCCAAAACAGAACCCAGGAGACUCUGACGGUGCAGCAGCGUUUCGGGUUGGGCUGCGUCUCCGGUGCUGUUGCUCAUGCUGCCUUCUACCCUUUAGAGGUGUUGAAAGUGAGGCUGAACCUGCAGCAAUCUGGCACUUACAACGGUGUGGUGGCCUGUGCCAGAUCCAUUUACAGACACGAGUCUUUGUCCUCCUUUUACAGAGGAUUCAAGCCUAGCAUCCUCUGUAUGAUCCCCUACGCAGGUGUGGAGUGUGCAGUUCAUCAGUCGAUCAUGAACUGGGCAAAGAGUGAUCCGGCCUACAACAGUGACUCCAAACUGUUUUUCUUCAGUUUUGUGGCCUUUGCCUCUGGACAAAUGACCAGUUACCCACUGGCUGUGAUCCGCACUCAGCAGCAAGCUCAGGCUUUCAGCUCAGAUUCACGCCCAGCUUCAGGCGUUUUACAAGGACUCAUUGGGAUAUAUGAAAGACGUGGAAUUAGAGGAUAUUACAACGGCAUGGGAGCCAGCUUUGUCAGGGCUGUUCCAUGUGCCUUGAUAAACUACACUUUAACUAGGAAAUUUGAAAAUCUGUUUUCUUCAGUGGAGUCUUGAGAUUUAGCAAAGAGGUUGCUUUCUUUGCAUGUUGAACUGUUGCUCUUAAACAAAACUUUGGAGGGUUGUGAUCAGGAACACAAAGAAAAAACUGUGAACUCUUAUGAAUGUGAACUGAGUACACCAAAAAUAACUGGAAUCCUGAAACAAUUGCAAGAGUCAAGUCUGCCAGACAUGCACUGUCAUUUGAUUCACACUCAAAUACCUCUGUAGCUUUUUUAAAGCAUUAAGUUAAGAACGGUUUACCUCCAAGUCCAUGAGACGUGGUGAAGUUUUUUAAUACAGUAAA